CUAUUUACAAAGAUGUCCAGUAGUGCCAAUUCAAAAAAUCCUUCAUUGAUUCCUGCCCAUUAUCGUGCUGUUCAUUCUAAUGAAACCCCCUACUUUAAAAACACCGCUGUUCAAACCAAUCGUAUUGUUGGUGGUCUGUUACUUGCUGGUGCUGCUAUCGUAUGUGCCUGGUCUGUUCUUUUUCUUUUUCCUGCUUCAAUUUCUAAUGAUUCACCAAAUGCCGACUCUCCUAUCUAUGGAAUCACCUUGGAUGCAUUCAACCAAGGCAUCCAAAAAUGCAAUGAUAUUCGCUCCGACAUUCUAGCAUCUUUACCCACGAGCUCCGCUCGUCCUCAUCCUCAUCCUCAUCCUCGCUCUCGUAAUCCUCGCAUUGAUUUGGCUGGAAAAGAUGCUCCUGUUCACGUUCUCAUCUCUAACGCUACUCUCUGGAAUGGUGAUGGCAGUGUACAAGCCAAUACCGACAUCCUCUUGAAAGAUGGUCUUGUUGCUCAAGUCGGUACUGUUGGGUCGCUUUCCAUUCUGAAUUUGAACAAUGUCAAUACUAUUCAUGCAAACGGUCGCUUUGUUACACCCGGUCUAGUGGAUAUGCAUAGUCAUAUGGGUCUUGAUAGCUGGCCCGAGUUGAAAGCUCACUCUGAUACCAAUGAAGACAGUACCACUCGUAUUACUCCACAACUACGCUCCUUGGAUGGGUUCAACCCGUGGGACACGGCCAUCAAGAUCAUCAACUCUGGUGGUGUCACUACAUCGCUGGUCCUUCCUGGAUCGCGUAAUCUAAUGGGUGGUGAAGCCUUUGCGUUCAAGCAUCACAUGUCUGCUAAAAAUAGCUCUGCUGACAUGCUUCUUAAUGCUGGCAUGUCCAAGGCCGAUGGGAAAAAAUGGCGUUGGAUGAAGAUGGCAUGUGGUGAAAACCCUAAAAAUCUAGAUAGUAGCGCUGCGGAUGGUCCCAUCUAUCCUACUACUAGAAUGGGCUCUGCUUACUUGUUUCGUCAGGCUUUUGCUGAUGCUACCCAGCUGGUACAUGAUCAAGAUGACUGGUGCUCGCGUGCACAAGUAGCCCAAGACCAACUGGGUCCCUUCAAAGCACAUAGAUCCAUAAAUAGCCGAUUUCCUUCAAGCCUACAUUUGGAGAGUUUGAGUGCUUUACUGCGUGGAAAUGUUAUUUUGAAUGUUCAUUGCUACGAGACAUAUGACUUGGAAAUGAUGGUUCGCUUGUCGCAUGAAUUCAAUUUCAAAAUAUCUGCAUUUCAUCAUGCCUUGGAGGCUUGGCAAGUGGCCGAUCUAUUGGCAAAAGAAAAUAUUGCUGCCGCUAUUUUUGCCGAUCAUUGGGGGUAUAAACAAGAAGCAUACUCUACUUCGGUCCAUGCUGCUCAAAUUCUUUCUAAAAAAGGUGUCAAGGUGGCAUUCAAGAGCGAUCAUCCUGUUUUGAAUGCUCAGCAUCUUAUCUUUGAAGCUGCAAAAGCACAUCACUAUGGUCUAUCCGACACACUCGCACUUCAAGCCGUUACAUCUAUCCCAGCUAAACUCAUAGGCCAAGAGCAUCGUAUUGGACACAUUUAUCCUGGAUAUGAUGCCGAUGUUGUGCUUUGGGAUAGAAACCCUCUUGAUAUUGGAGCUCAUCCACUAAAGGUUUUUGUAGAUGGCUAUGAAACUUUUAAACAUGCCAAUUAUAUUGAAACCAUGGACACACCAGUUGAGCGGACUGACGCGCUUCCCAUUCAAGGUAGCAAGUCUCCAAAGCCAUGGACAUGCAAUGUUCCUAUCGGCGUCAACACUACAUACACACUUCAAAACUACUCGCAUGCUCUCUUGUCACCGAGCUCACCUCCAUCUCAAGAAAAUGAUAGCAUAGUGAUUGAAAACGGUAGCAUCACCUGCAUUGGCCACUGCGUUGCCAAAGGUAGCUUGGUUAACCUCAAUAAGUUUUGGAUUUCCCCUGGUCUCAUUGCUGCAGGUGUGCAUCUAGGACUUGAGGAAAUAUCUGCUGAACCACUGACUUCGUCUGGAUCUUUGGAAAAAUCUGAUACCAUUUCUAUUCAAUCUCCAAAAAGAGCACUACAAAUUGGUCGUAAAUGGUCCAAAGAACUGGAUGCUGCAUUUAUGGCUGGUGUAACAACGUCUAUUUCCGAGUUUAGAUACGAUGGCAUAGCUGGUUCUGACAGUGUCGUUUUUCGCACAGGUGGAACUGAUCCAGUUGACGAUAUUUUAAAAACUGAUUAUGAUGUGUACAACUUUGCCAUUGGGCGUCAAACUAUCAGUUCAAAGGGGCUUCAGUCUAGCAUUGCCGGACAUUUACUGGCAGUUGAAAAUUUUAAGCAUUCCAAUCACUCUAGCAAGAGUGUUGCCAUCAAGGUUCGUGAUGCACAUACUAUUCGUAGACUAGUUUCUAUGAUUGAUGAUAAAGAUAUUCUUGUUGGAGCAGUAGAGGCUUGGGUUCAUGCUGAUAAACUCUCAGGAAAAAAUGUCAUAUUUGCUCCAGCUCGAUGUACACCAAGUUCAUGGUUUACUCGACAAUGUCUCGAACCUUCGCGUACCCCUUCAGCCUACUCCAUUCUAAAAGCAAACAAUGUCAAUGUUGGUCUUUCUGUUUCAGAAGACAACUUUGUUCGAGGAUUAAUAUGGGAAGCUGGAUGGGCUGUAUCAGAUCGUAACGCCAAUCUGACUGAUUUUGAAUUUGCUCAAGAAAGUGUUGGGUUAGUGUCGUGGAAUAUUGCUCGCAUGUAUGGGUUUUUGGAUCGUGUGGUUCUUCGUGUAGGCGGAAAAGCACAUUUUGUGAUAUUUGAUGAUGUGCCAGGAACGUUUAAAGCUCAUGUGCGUGCGGUUGUGGAUCAAGAGUUGAUCGAGUGCAACCCUAACCAGACGUGAGUGUCUUGCGCAAUGAGCUAAAGCGGUUAUAUGGAUCUGCAAUACGUUGGCUUUUGUUAAAGAUGUGUUACUCUGCCAUGUGUUGUCUGUUCUCACUUGGAUUUGCUGGUUGAUCGCUGGUGCUUUACUUUUGCUUAUAGUGGAAAUAUAUAUCGAGUAUAUUCUUGAGCCA